AUGGAUUCCGAGCAGUUCGGGUUAUUCAGUUGGGCUCAUGAGCACUGUAGGUGUCAAUCCUUUGUUGCAGUCGUUUUUGGCGUUUCUACUAUGCUUGCAGUCGCCGUGUCCUACGUCUGUCUAUUCGAAAAUCGAUAUGACGCCGUUGUGAUCGGAAGUAUUGGUAGAUCAGAAAAUCGAAAUAUCUAUCGUGUCAUAUAUUUUAUAAUCAAUAUUAUAAUCCUAGAAUCUAUGCUAGGAUACAUUUUCUGGAAGGUUCCCGAACUAGUCAAAACAAGAAUAGCAGAAAGACUUCUAUGUCUUCCCAAAGAAUUUUUCGAAAAUCCAAAUUUAAUAAAUAUCAACUCAGGAUUUACAAUAAUCCCCUACUUGGCACUAUCCAUAAUGUGUGUUUUAUUUUUCCAAGGAGUGUAUUUUUUACUUUAUACUAUUUAUCACCUAUUCAAGGAUACCGUAUACGUCUCGAAAAGCACCAGAAAAAUGCAGCAGAAAUUUUUCAUCUCCUUGUUUCUACAAGCGAUAAUUCCAAGUUUUGCACUGGCCGCACCAAUGUAUUGCUAUUAUAUUUUGUUUAGAAUGGACUAUUUUUAUCAAGUAUACAACAAUUUUCUAAUGAUUGCAAUUGGAUGUAAUGGAUUGUUAACCACAUUGGUUAUGAUUCUGGUCCAUCGUCCUUAUAGAAUUUCUGUGCUGGAAAUGUGCGGAAUCGGAAAGAAGGCUGAGCAACAAUCGAUUAUAGAAGUGACGCUGUUAAAGAUGAGAGCAGUGGGCGUGGUUUCUGGAGGAUAA